CCCGCGGGUCCUCACAGCCAGCGCUCCGGAGCUAGCAGCGGUGUGCUAACAGGAGUGAACCGACGGGAUUAAGCUCGGUGUUGUUGUGAUUACCAGGAGGGGGAAACGCCCCCGGUAUGGCAGACAUGCCGUGACCGGUGUCCGCAUGUGUCGGUGCUGGAAGGAAGCUCGUGCAUAGAGAAAACCCCAAGUCACACACUCCCGUGAUUCGUCGUCUGGACCGAGUGCUUCAAAGCUUCAAUCGCGGCCUUAGUUCUCCACGUCACAAUCGGGGAAGACGGGUCGCAUCAACCGUUUGAAGAUCAGUUCAUCUCGGGAGGGGGGGGGGGGGGGGACACACACACUGACCAACACCAGAACGGAGCAGGACCGGACGGAUCCAGAUACCCGGCCGACUCGGAGGCCCGUCCCCGGUUCCCGUCCAGGUGUCCAGUUUCAGGUUGACGCUCUGCUGCUGUGGUGCGUUCACAGUCGAGGGCUGGAGAGUGGAUGGAAGGAGAUGAUUUCAACACAGAGGCUGUGAUGAACAUCUGUGAUGACCUGAUGGCCGACCAAAGGAUGGACAUCUCGUCGACAAUGACCGACUUCAUGUCCCCCGGGUCCACGGACCUCAUCUCCAGCUCCAUCAGCACGCCGGGCAUGGACUUCACCCGCAAGAGGAAGGGCAGCACGACCGAUUACCAAAUUGAUGGCUUCUCAUUUGAUGACAUGGACCCAGACAAAGACAAGAUGGGAAGUGACCAGCAGGGCCGGAUUAAGAAUGCAAGAGAGGCUCAUAGCCAGAUCGAGAAGCGCCGCAGGGACAAGAUGAACAGCUUCAUCGACGAGCUGGCCUCACUGGUGCCCACCUGCAACGCCAUGUCCCGCAAACUGGACAAGCUGACAGUCCUGCGCAUGGCUGUCCAGCACAUGAAGACUCUCAGAGGUGCAGCCAACCUGUACACAGAACCCAACUACAAGCCCGCCUUCCUCUCUGACGAUGAGCUGAAGCACUUGAUCUUAAGGGCUGCUGAUGGUUUCCUCUUUGUGGUCGGGUGUGACCGUGGGAAAAUCCUCUUUGUUUCCGAAUCGGUCUACAAGCUUCUCAACUACAGCCAGAACGACCUGAUAGGUCAGAGCCUGUUCGACUACCUUCACCCCAAGGACAUCGCCAAGGUCAAGGAGCAGCUGUCCUCCUCUGACACGGCCCCGCGGGAGAGGCUCAUCGAUGCUAAAACGGGCCUCCCAGUGAAGACGGACAUCCCCCCCGGGCCGUCUCGCCUCUGCUCCGGAGCCCGGCGCUCCUUCUUCUGCAGGAUGAAGUGCAACCGGCCCUCCGUCAAAGUCGAGGAGAAGGAGUUCCCCUCCACCUGCUCCAAGAAAAAAGCGGACCGUAAGAGCUUCUGCACCAUCCACAGCACGGGCUACCUGAAGAGCUGGCCCCCCACCAAGAUGGGUCUGGACGAGGACAACGAGCCGGACAACGAGGGCUGCAACCUGAGCUGCCUGGUGGCCAUCGGCCGCCUGCACCCCCACAUCGUGCCCCAGCCCAGCCUGGCAGACAUCCGGGUGAAGCCCACGGAGUACGUCUCCCGACACGCCAUCGACGGGAAGUUUGUCUUCGUCGACCAGAGGGCCACGGCCAUCCUCGCCUACCUGCCCCAGGAGCUGCUGGGGACGUCCUUCUACGAGUACUUCCACCAGGACGACAUCGGACACCUGGCCGAGUGCCACAGACAAGUGCUGCAGAUGAGAGAGAAGAUCAACACCAACAGUUACAAGUUCAAGAUCAAAGACGGCUCCUUCAUCACGCUGCGGAGCCGCUGGUUCAGCUUCAUGAACCCCUGGACCAAGGAGGUGGAGUACAUCGUGUCCACCAACACCGUCGUGUCCUGUGCGAUGACGGAGGGGUCCGACGACCCUCCGUCUGCCGCCUCUCCACAGAGCAUGGACGGCGUCCUCACGGCGGAGGGUGGAGGGCGGCGGGCGCUGCAGACGGUGCCCGGCAUCCCCGGUGGCACGAGAGCGGGGGCCGGCAAAAUAGGACGCAUGAUCGCAGAGGAAGUGAUGGAGAUCCAGAGGAUCCGAGGCUCCUCCCCCUCCAGCUGUGGCUCCAGCCCUCUGAACACCACCAGCCCCCCCCCACCUGACACGUGUUCCCCAGGCGGCAAGAAGAUUCAGAAUGGAGGGACACCCGAGCUGCCGAGCACAGGGAUCCUUCCUGGACCCGACUCUGUCGGAUACCCCUACUCCAACCAGUCCAUCAUGAGUGACCACUCCCACCUGAGCGUCGCCGUGGCGACCGCGCCCGGCUCCAGCAGCCCGAGCGGCGAUGAGGCGGCCAUGGCCGUCAUCAUGUCGCUGCUGGAGGCGGACGCCGGCCUGGGCGGCCCCGUGGACUUCAGCGACCUGCCCUGGCCUCUGUGAGGAGGGGGCCACGACCAAACACCGCCACGCACACACACCCAUCGUAGGAACCGUAGACUGAAGAAGAGGAGGGUCCACCUUCAGGCUCUCGCUCGUCUCUCCUUCGUCAUUCCCUGCAGGCGCACAAGUGACCCUGAAGCGCUUUGGGUUUUUUACGUAUGUGCUUUUAAAGAUGAUCCUUUUUGUGCAGUGUUGCCUGCACACUAGGGGGGGGGGGGGUCCCUAGCGUUGCCAUGGCGAGGGCGCAACACAUCGUGGAUGAGUGUGCCGGUGGACUGAACUCUGCCCGUCAGUGUGUCUGAGACACAAGCGGCUACACACACCUCAAACCACACCGUACAGACCCCCCCCCCCCCCCCAAUAAGUUUAAAAAACAACACUCACGACCACGGCACGCCGACACGGUGGAUCCGAUCCACGGAGGAGGAACACAAAGUUUUGAGUUCAGUUCACAUCAAAUGUCCUCAUAAAUUGUAUAUUUUCAUUGAAUAGUAAACAAAGUGAUCCAGGAGGUGCGUAGUCUACUGUCGGUGGGGAGGUGGUCUGGGAUGGAGGCAGGCUGGGGGAGGGGCCCUCAGAGACACCACACACACCAAUGGAGGGAGGAUGAUGGACUGCACAGGUUACAUUCUGGCUGCCUCAUCGUCAUCGGCAGCAGCAGCAGCAGCAUGUGUGUCUAUGACACGUGUGUGUGUGUGUGAGCAGGUCACCCUGACGGAGGGGAGUAGGGUGGAGCGGCACGUCUCUUUAAAGAACACUGAAGAGAGACGAGCCAAUCACACGCCUCCCCUGCUGUCUCCAGGCAAAAACACAUGCUAGCCGGCUAAUGGCGUUAGCGCGCUGCGGGAGGCUGACUCUGGAUCAGUCAGGAGACGGGUCAUGUGAGGGUCAGUGGGCCGACGGUACAUGUGUGUGUGCAUGUGUUUAUAUACACACACACAUAUGUGUAUAUUAUGUAUGUAUAUUAUAUAUGUCUGUAUGUUAUAUAUGUGUGUGUAUAUUAUAUAUAUGUGUGUGUGUGUAUAUAUAAUGUGUGUAUAUAUGUAUGUGUAUAUAUAUACACACACACACACACACACGUGUAAAGACCAUGUCCCCGUGGUGUGAAGAGGAUCUCUGAUGAAGUGGCUUCAUGUUCCAGAGACGUGGAGCUGCCUGAACGGGGCGGACAUGUUGUCUUUAAGGUCUGCUGACGUCAACCAGGCUGAGCAUGAGAGGUUCUGUCCAAUCGGGGAUGCAAAAUGAUUGUAAGUGCAGUGGUCCCCUGUGGAAUACCUGCUGAGCCUAGGCCCCGCCCCCCCUGUCUUCUUCCAAUCAGACAGCAGCUGGUGAGGCCCCCUCUGUGUCGUUCUACAUCACGUGUCCCCUUGUUGAUGCCCCCCCCCCCGCCACCGGACGAUAAUGUAUCAAAUCUUUAAAUAUCACGUUAAUAGUAAACGUUAUGCAAAUAUAUAUGAGUACGAUGAGUGUAUUGUAUGUAUCGGCAGUGAAAUAUUUUAAAAAUAAAAUGUGUUUCUUUCAUUAUGGACAAAA